UUCAGCAUUUAUAAACUACGAUUUCGCUCGGAUGGUCCAUAUCAACCCAUUCAUUUUGGACUCGCUCGUGAUUUUCUUUAAGCUAAAACAGCCAUUUGUCACAGUGGAUGAGUCGUUGUGGGAGCUUGAGGGUUAACAGGCUUUGCUGACGCUGUUGCAAAACAUGCAGAACAAGUAAAACCACUCCGUGGCAGCAAGUUGAGUGUUAGUGUGAACGUUUCAUUCAGCAGAGAAGAGCACCAGACAACAAAGAGGAGAGCAGAAUGGAUGAAGCUCGCUGUCCCUCCAGCAGUAAGUCUGCUCCAGAGGAGGCACAGCGUCUUACUGAAAUGAGGAUUUUACUGCUGGGCAAUAAAGCAGCAGGCAAGAGUUCAUCCAUAAGCACCAUCCUGGGCAGCGAAGGGCCGAGUUUGAAGACCGCUCAGUGCGUGAAGAGGCAAGGAGAAGCUGAAGGACUAGCGCUCACUGUGAUUGAGGCUCCAGGCUGGUGGAGGAAUUACAGAGUGAAGGACACUCCGAAUUUAAACGCUCAGGAAAUCGUACUCGGUGCGUCUCUGUGCCCUCCAGGACCCCAUGCAGUGCUGCUAGUGGUCCGUCUGGACACUGGCUUCACGGAGACUUGCAGAAGAGCACUGGAGGAACGUCAGGGUUUGUUUCAGACUGACAGUGUGUGGAGUCACUCCAUGGUGCUGUUUACCUUUGGAGACUGUCUUGAAGACACCACAGUCGAGAAGCACGUUGAGAGUCAAGGAGACGCCCUCCAGCAGCUCGUGGAGAAAUGUGGGCGCAGAGUCCAUGUCUUUAAUAAUAAGAAGAGGGACUCCAGGCAGGUGAAGGAGCUGCUGGAGAAGAUUAAAGACAUGGUGAUGGGAAACGGUGGACGUCAUUUUGAGGUGGACUGUAAGAUUUUACAGGACCUUGGAGUUCAGAGAAGAACGGAUGAAACGAAAGCAGCGGAGAGACAGAUCACAGCACAGAUGCAGAAACAAGCCCUUACAUGUCAAACAGCUCAGACCCAACAAGAACUGAGAAUUUUGCUGGUGGGACACAGGCAUUCAGGAAAGAGUUCGGCAGGGAACACCAUCCUGGGCAGAGAAGAGUUUGACCUAAGAAGAACAUCAAAAUGCGUGAUCAAAGAAGGAAAAGUAGCAGGGAGGCUGGUCACCGUGGUAGAAGCUCCAGGUUGGUGGAACAACUACAGCGUAAAGGACACACCAGAGCUAAACAAACAGGAACUUUUGUGCAGUGCAUCUCUAUGCCCUCCAGGACCUCAUGCCCUGCUUCUGGUCAUACGAGCGGACGGCUCAUUCACAAUGCAGAACAGAGGAGCAGUUGAGGAACACCUGGAACUUCUGGGAGCGAAGGUCUGGGAUCACACAGUGGUGCUGUUCACCUAUGGAGACUGGCUUGGGGAAACUAGCAUUGAGCAGCACGUUGAGAGUGAAGGGUAUGCACUGCGGUGGCUUGUGGAGAAGUGUGGAAAUAGAUACCACGUUUUCAAUAACAACAACAGGGAUGAUGGUGGUCAGGUUGAAGAGCUCCUACAGAAGGUAGAGGAAGUGGUAGCAGGAAACAGCGGGGAACAUUAUGAGGUCAACAGGCUGUUAAUAGAAGAAGUGCGAAAGAAACAGAAGACAGGAGAGGAACGUGCAAAGCUGAGAGCGUCCAACAUGAUGGAGAGGAGACAGGCAUUGAGAUCGCUGAGGGGUGAAAUACAUCGUCUCUCCGAGCUGAGGAUUGUGAUGCUUGGGGGCAUGUAUUCAGGGAAGAGCUCUACAGGAAACACUAUUCUCGGCAGUGGGCAGUUUAGUAAUUCCACCUGUGUGCGCCGACGAGGAAAAGUAGGGACCAGAGAGGUUGUUCUCGUUGAGGCCCCAGGCUGGUUGAAGCGUUCCUAUGUUGGACUAAUUCCCGAAUCUGUCAAACAGAAGGUCAUGCAGAGUGUAACUCUGUGUGCCCCAGGACCUCACGCUGUGCUCCUCAUUACACAGACGGAUACGACGUUCACAGAGAACAAAAGGAGAACCCUGGAGGAACUUCUCAAACUGCUAGAUGAGAGCAUCUGGAACCACACCAUGGUGCUGUUCACGUGUGGAGACUGGCUAGGAGACUGGAGCAUAGAGGAACACAUUGAGAGUGAAGGGGAGAGCCUACAGAGGCUUGUUGAGAAGUGCAGGAACAGGUACCAUGUCCUGAACAACCAGGACAACGCUGAUAGAGCUCAAGUCACGAAACUGCUAGAUAAGAUAGAAGAGAUGGUGGCGGAAAAUGGUACAUAUUCACCUGCGCAAGGGCCAAAGCCUCCUCCGGGGAAGGUCAAAAGGCAGUGUGAGGAUGCAGAAGAGCAUGAGCUUUUAAACGUUAGGACAGAUAGAAUGGCCUGUAGCCAACAUGAUGAGGAUGAAAAGAAAAAAGGGGGCUGGACAGAGUGGGAGCUGCUGGGAGCUGCUGAUUCUGUCCCAGAUGACUCUUUGGAUGAAGAUAUGCCAACAGGCACAGACACGACAAAGAAACGGACAUUCUCUGAUCUGCGCAUCCACAAAGCUCAUAGCAUGCAGCACUCGAAUCCAACAAUGGGCGGCGAUGACCGUUCUGACGCUGGAUCCAUUUAUGAUUCAUUUAUGAUGAGUAACACCAGUAAUACGAAUGUCCUACUAACAUCAAUGAUGUCAUCUUUGAGUUCUGGGAUCGGCUCUUUGAGAAACACUAGUACUCUUGGGUUCAGAGACCUGAAUGACUUUAUGAAGAGACGCAAACUGGAGGAUGACAGCAACAGUUCAGAGGUCCAGGAAGAAGAUGAAAUACGACCAGAGAAAACAAAAAGACUUAAUGACCGAUGAAGAGAAGGCCAACCAACUGUGAGCCUAUCCUUUUAUACACCGUGUGUCAAAAUUUAUUCAGUUCACGUCCCAGGGCUGACUUGAUAUUCCUGGUUGAGCCACUAGCAACUUCUGGCACUGCACUGCUCCUCUAUAGGCAGCAAAAUGAAAAUUUUCGGUUGUAUGAGUAACAAUACAGUAGAACAACAGCAAACAACUAACAGACCUCAGAGGUCCAGAAGAGUAGAGGAUGGCCAAAAAUUACUCUCAGUCGUGACAAAAGUACUCGACACAAGAACACUCUCCAUGGGUUUAACCAUAAAAACCAAUAUCAGAGUAUUUAAAUCAAUAUGCAAACCACUGGUAACCCAAAGAACAGGAAGGGCAGGUUACGGUUUGAAAAAGUGGGAAGCGUUGUCUCCUCACAGCAAGAGGGGCCUGGGUUUGGGUGGCCCUGGUCCUUUCUGUGUUGAGUUUGCAUGGUCUCCCCAUGUCUGCAUGGGUUUCCUCCCAUAGUCAUGCAGGCAGGCCAAUAGGACACGCUAAAUUGCCCCUAGGUGUGAAUGUGUCUGUCACAUUUGUUGUUUGUAAACAGAACAUUUUAUUGCGCUUUAAUCUGAUGAAAGGUUGUGUGUCCUAAUGUUCAGUGUACAGUUUGUUUUGCACAUCUUUUACUUUUCUGCCAUGUGUCAUUUUUUUAUUAUUAUUAUUUUUCACAAAACAAAAAGGAAAAAAACUGAAAGUGCAGACUCAAACCUGUCCGUACAGAAUAUAUCAUAUUGGUCAUUAUGUAAACGUGAUGAACUGUGUGCUUGUGUCCUGUGUAGUGUAUGAAAAUGAAAAUAACUCGAUGUGUGGCGUUAACCUCGCGGUCAUGGUUUCAUGCUGAAUCAGAUCAGUUGGGCUAGAAACCACAAGUGUAGUGCAGUGAGUAACACCUCUGCCUUCUAUGCUGUAGACUGGGGUUCAGUGCCCCGCCUGGGUAACCACCCUACACUAUCAAUAA